GCUUACGAUCCCCGGAAAGAAGAAGAGAGAAGGCCACUCUAACAAAGCUCACACCUUCUUCUUUCCAUCAACCCAUAAAAUUUAAAAUAAGGAAGAAGAGAAAAGAUCGAAUCUUUUCUUAUUUAAUAUAUAUAAUCUGUUGAAUUCAUUAAAAAAACAAAAGUACAAGAUGAAUGACUUAUUCUCUAGCUCCUCGUUUAAAAAAUACCAGGACCUUAAGAAACAGGUCGAGAUAGACGACAUGGAAGCCGGCACGGCGGCGGGCGGCGGCGGCGAAAACGAGACUGUGGAUCUUGACAAAUUUUUCGAAGACGUGGAGAACGUGAAGCGCGACAUGAAGGGCGUGGAAUCACUGCACAAGAGUUUGCAGGAGGCGAACGAGGAGUGUAAGACGGCCCACAACGCCAAAACCAUGAAGGAUUUGCGGUCCAGAAUGGACGCCGACGUUUCCAAGGUGCUGAAACACGUGAAGGUGAUUAAGGGAAAGCUGGAAGCCCUCGAACGGUCCAACGCGGCGUCCCGCCAAGUCCAGGGCUGCGGACCGGGCUCAUCCGCGGACCGUACCAGAACCGCCGUGGUUAGCGGGUUAGGCAAGAAGCUAAAAGACAUGAUGGACGACUUCCAGAACCUUCGGGCGAAGAUGAACUCCGAGUACAAGGAAACGGUGGCGAGGCGUUACUACACCGUCACCGGGGAGCAGCCGGACGACGACUUGAUCGACAAUUUAAUUUCCAGCGGGGAGAGCGAGUCGUUCCUUCAAAAGGCGAUCCAAGAACAAGGGCGCGGCCAGAUUCUCGACACCAUAUCGGAGAUUCAAGAACGGCACGACGCGGUGAAAGAAAUUGAAAAAAACCUAAUCGAGCUUCACCAGAUCUUCCUGGACAUGGCGGCGCUGGUGGAGGCGCAGGGGCAACAACUAAACUCCAUCGAGAGCCACGUGGCGCACGCCAGCUCAUUCGUCCGCCGUGGAACCGAGCAGCUCCAAGAAGCUCACGAGAUUCAGAAAGAGUCCAGAAAAUGCACGUGCAUCGCCAUUAUCCUAGUCAUUGUUCUCAUCAUUGUCCUCCUUUUCCCCAUCUGGUCCAAUCUCUUGAUGAUUCAUUUGAGAUAGACUCAUAGAUUGAUUUGAUAUGAUGAAUCUAAUCUAAUCUAAUCUCAUCUAUGCUCGUCGUCUUAUAUUAUGUAUUCAUCAUCUCAUCUGAACGAAACAACUGCAUAUAUUAUUUACAGGGAAUUGAAGUCUCUCAAGCUAAGCUGUGGCUCAGCUCGCAAUAUCCCAACUGCCUAUGCAUGCAUGCCCUCAAAUUUUUUUUUUU